AUGCAGAAGCAAGAGGGCAUCAGAGGGCCCUGUACUCACGUUUGCAGGAAGAGGACGCGGAGGGUGGCUGGGGACCCGACAGGCGCCAGGCGAAGGAGUCAGCCAAAGAAGACAGCGCCUGCUGACAUCAAGCCAGCUCCCGCUCAGGCCCUCCGCAGGCACGACAGAGCUUAUUUUCUGACUUCAGAAUGGACUGAGUCGUUGGGGUUCGCCGAGGGCUUGCGCAGCAGGAACCACGAGGCUGUGGCAAUCUUGGGGGGCUGCUGCGGGCGGCGCAUGCGCACUUUACUCCUGAACUCGCCUGGGGGUGGUCCCUCCCGGGCUCAGCACGUGAAAAAAAGAGCGACAACCGGUCAUCUGCAGGAGCCUUGGGGCUCUGAUUACGGCGGGGAGGAGUUCACGAGCUCCAGGCACUGCAGGACAGGUGGCGCAAGUGAAACCCCUUAG